AUGCCGCCAGAAAUGCAACGCCUCCGCUCCAAAAUCGCCUGUCAAUCAUGUCGUGAACGCAAACGAAAGUGCGACGGCAACUUCCCCUGCAGUUACUGCCAUCGCCUCGAUCACGAAUGCUUCUACGGGCCAACCCGCCGCAGCAAAAAGACCGCGCACAGGUUGGGCCAGCACUCCACUGAUAUCAAUUCUCCCGAAUCCCCAGAUUAUGACGGCAAAGACCCACAACUACAGCUUCUCGAGGCCAAUUCGCCGGCUGUUUUUGUGCGGCAGUUGGCGCUGAAAAUGAAUGCUACUAAUGCGCCGAUACUGAACUGCUAUGCUUGGAAUCUCGGGUUUGAUCGGGAGAUUGCGUGUUUACCGCAGGUCUCGUGUAUAACGGAGAUUUUGUCGUUGUCCGAGAUGCAUGAGUUGGCGGCUAUUUACUUUGCGCAUGUUGCGCCUGUGUAUGACUUUGUUGAUCGGGCGGAGGUGGAUGAGGCGAUUAUCAAGAGGUGGUCGAAUGGGUUUCCGUAUGAUCAAGCCGAUUCGAUGCUUCUGGGGAUAGCAGCCCUCGGAUGUCUCUUUGGACAUCGAUCCGCAGGAGUCGAGAUGCAGCUAGUGCACAGUGCGCGUAUCGUACUCGAGUACUCCAGCCAGCUGGCGACGCCGGAAUUCGACCAUGUAGUUGGCUGGUUACUACGAGUCAUAUACCUGCGCGUGACCAGUUCCCCACACGCAACAUGGAUGGCCAGCUGUACACUAAUGCAUCUGAUCGAAACAACAAAACUGCAUUUCGACUCCACGACCGACUCCAUCCUCGCGCAAUCGACCGGGCCACGCAUACACCCCGAACGCCGACGCAAAGUAUACUCUGUCGCACAGCUCUUCAACACCUGGGUCUCUCUCGACUGCGGCAAGUCCCAGGUCGAACUCCGUGGCGCAUCAUCUGCAUUACCCGAAACAGGCUGGACAGUCGAGCAGCGCGAAAUAUGUCGAAUAUCGGCGCUCCUAGGUCCAGAGAUCUAUCGGGACAUAGUCGAACUCGAAAGCGAACUUGUUGAACUCUGUAAACUAAGCCCGACGCAGCCUAUGCUCCGACUAAUCCAAUGUAACGUCGGACUGUGUAUCUACCGCCGCUUCCGCGCCCUAGGACGCGUUAUGUCUGAGGAGUCCCUCGACUCAAUCGUGAACCUAGCACGGCGCAGCCUGAAAGCAGCCGAAGAGCUAGUUGGAAUAUCCUCGCCGUGGUGGCACAGUUUGAACAUUCCCUUUCAGAUCGUCUGUGUGUUGUUAGUGAUCGACCAUCCACAGGCAUUGGUUAUGCUUCCGGAUGCGCUGCAGACGCUGCGGUCGGUGGCGGAUCACUAUCAAACGGGGAUGACGAGGGAGGCAUAUGAGAUUGCGGUAUUCCUGGUAAAUCAGCAGCGAGAGAGACGCUUCCAGGCGCUGAAUAGUCUGGAUAGUGCGCUCCGGGGACAUGAGAGUAGUGACGGGACGUUGAAUAUGGGGAAGUGUGUUGAGGAGCAGUUAUUUCUAGAGGAUCUGUUGUAA